AUGGUCUCCAACUCGAGCAAUUCUGCUUCAAAAUCCAAAAAAUUUCAUGGAGAACAGGGGACUGAUGCUGUGGGAAACUUGACUUGUAAAUUAACUCAGCAGAAAAAGCAGAUUCAAUCUGACAGAGUUGUUUCAAUUAAAGCAAAAGUUGAGAAAAACAGAAAGAAUCUUGAAGCUUGUGUUUCUGAGCUUGAUAAAUUGGCUGCAUCAAGGAAUGAUGUUACCAUUGCAAAGAGCAAUGAUUUGGGCAAUUCCCUUUCUUUCCGAAUGGGCAAUCCUCUUUCCAAAGUUAGUGGGGUUUUUCACGGAUAUGGAGAUAGAGAUUAUGUGAACACUGAAGAAAUUGUGGUUUCUGCAACUGCCAAGCUUCCAUCUAUUCAGAAAAUACCUCGUUAUACUACUUGGAUUUUCUUAGACAGAAAUCGGAGAAUGGCUAAUGACCAAUCAGUAGUUGGGAGGAGACGGAUUUACUAUGAUCGACAUGGUGGUGAGGCACUUCUCUGCAGUGACAGUGAUGAAGAUCUUAUUGAAAUGGAGGGUGAGAAGCAUGAAUAUUCUGAGGGAGAAGACCGUAUUCUAAGGAUAGCUCUUCAGGAGUAUGGGCUACGUGAUGAGGUACUCAACACCUUGACCCAGUUUGUUGGUGGAACCUCUGAAGAGAUCCAGGAGCGCUGCAACAAUCUAAAGGAAAUAGAUCAAAUGGCAGAAAAACAGAAGUCUGUAGAUAUUGAGUUCCUGGACAAAAGCCUGACUGCUGCUCUACAUUCAUUUGAUUUUUAUUUUUGUCGUCGUUGUUUGGAAUUUAAGUGUGGCUUGCAUCCGUGCCCACAAAUUCUUAUUUAUUCUAGGGAAAAGCAAUCCUACACAUCUGAUUCUCAAGAGGGUGGGAAACCUUGUAGUGAUCGGUGUUACCUUCAGUUGAACGUUUUAAGAGACUUGCCCGUGAGUUCAUCCGUAGAUCCCUUGCAAAUACACCAUCAAGAAUUCCUAGGAGAGUGGAGAACGUCACAGCCUACAAAUACAUUGGCUAAAAUCUCAAAGAUUGUUUCUGAUGACUUGCUAAGUUCUUCCAGUAAGAAACUGAAGUUGGCAGCACCUAAUUCUAUGGACCUUAACCCAAACCCAGUUGGCCAGGAUGUGGAAAUGGUUGAAUCCAAUGAAGAUGAACGCCAGGUGGCGACCACUGAUGUAGUGCAUAUUUUACAUAAACAAAAUCCAGAUGAACUUCGUCGUCCUUUACCUAUAAGUGGAAAUAAGGUCAAGGACUAUACCAGUGAUAAAGGGAAAGACAUUGCAGAAUUACCUUUGAAGGAAUGUUCAACUAAAGGUUCACACAGACAUGAUGAGUGGAGACCUCUAGAGAAAGACUUGUACUUAAAGGGGAUAGAGAUUUUUGGAAAAAACAGUUGCCUUAUAGCAAGGAACUUGCUACCUGGUUUGAAGACUUGUGUAGAAGUAUCCAAUUAUAUGCGGAGUGAUGGAGCAAUAAUUUCUCGUGGAUCUUCUUCUGCGCUGAACCCACUAUUAGAAGAUGUUGGAAAAACUAACAUGGAUACGGAGUCGGAGAUGCCAGUGAGGUCACGAGUUUAUCGUAAAAGGGGAAGAACGCGGAAGCUUAAGCCUUCUUGGAAGUCUGCUGGCCACCCAUCACUCUGGAGAAGAAUUGCAGAUGGGAAAUACCAGCCAUAUAAGCAAUAUACUCCAUGUGGAUGCCAGUCUAUGUGUGGAAAGGAGUGCCCUUGUCAACAAAAUGGAACUUGCUGUGAAAAAUAUUGCGGGUGCUCAAAAAGCUGCAAAAAUCGUUUCAGAGGAUGUCAUUGUGCUAAGAGUCAAUGCAGAAGCCGACAAUGUCCUUGUUAUGCCGCUGGACGUGAAUGCGACCCAGAUGUUUGCAGAAAUUGCUGGGUUAGCUGUGGUGAUGGUUCACUAGGUGAACCACCAAGGCGAGGAGAAGGUCAAUGUGGCAAUAUGAGGCUCCUUCUCAGGCAGCAGCAAAGGAUCCUCUUGGCUAAGUCUGACGUUGCUGGUUGGGGAGCCUUUUUAAAGAAUUCUGUCAGUAAAAAUGAUUACUUGGGAGAGUAUACUGGUGAAUUAAUCUCUCAUCGGGAAGCAGAUAAGCGAGGAAAAAUCUAUGAUCGUGCAAAUUCGUCAUUCCUUUUCGACUUGAAUGAUCAGUAUGUCCUUGAUGCCGGCCGCCAUGGCGACAAACUAAAAUUUGCAAAUCACUCGUCCACUCCAAACUGUUACGCGAAGGUAAUAUCAGUGGCCGGUGAUCAUCGUGUUGGCAUUUUUGCCAAUGAGCAUAUUGAAGCUGGCAAAGAACUCUUCUACGAUUAUCGUUAUGGUCCAGAUGAAGCACCUGCAUGGGCACGGAAACCUGAGGGUUCAAAGAGAGAUGGUUCACCAAUUCCUCAAGGCCGAGCCAAGAAGCACCAAUCUUGA